GCCGCCGGGGCCGCUCGGGCCGCUCGGGCCGCGCUCCCGGCGCAGGGCGCGGAGCCGCCGGUGCGGCGGAGCGGCGCUCCGAGCUCGGCCCGCAGCCGCCCCAUGGAGCCGCCGCGGCCGCCCCCGGCCGAGCCCGCGGAGCCGGAGCCCGGCGGGCGGUACGAGCCCGUGGCGCCGCACUGGUUCUACCGGCGGCUGAACGAGCCCCGGGAGCGCUGGGUGCCGUUCAGCGCGCAGGACUCGCGGCGGCUGGAGGAGGCGCACGGCGCAGGGAAGGAGCAGGAUGAUGUGGUGGUCCCCACCUCGGGGGGCAGGUAUGACGUGCACCUGCGGGCGCGGCGGCGCGUGGCCGUGUACUGGGAGGAGGAGGCGGCCGAAGUGCGGCGCUGCACCUGGUUCUACAAGGGGGACAAGGACAACAAGUUCAUUCCCUACUCCGAGUCCUUCAGUGAGGAGCUGGAGGAAGCCUACAUGAUUGCCGUGACCCUGGGUGAGUGGAAGAAGAAGCUGGAGUCCCCCAACAGAGAAGUCAUUGUCCUACACAACCCAAAGCUGAUGGUUCACUACCAUCCCGUUGCCAGCUCUGACGACUGGGUCUCCACCCCCACGGAACAAGGCCGGCCCCGGACUGUGAAGAGAGGAGUGGACAACAUUGCUGUGGAGAUCCCCAGUGGAGAGCCGCUGCAGAUCGACCACCUGGUGUUCGUGGUGCACGGCAUCGGCCCCGCCUGCGACAUCCGCUUCCGCAGCAUCGUGCAGUGCGUGAAUGAUUUCAGGACCGUCUCCCUCAGCAUGCUGCAAGCACACUUCAGGAAGGCGCAGGAGCAGCAGCAGGUCGGGCGGGUGGAGUUCCUGCCUGUGAACUGGCACAGCUCCCUGCACUCCACUGGCGUGGACGUCGAUCUGGAGCGGAUCACGCUGCCCAGCAUCAACCGCCUGCGGCACUUCAUCAACGACACCAUCCUGGACGUGUUCUUCUACAACAGCCCCACCUAUUGCCAGACCAUCGUGGACACGGUGGCCUCGGAGAUGAACCGCCUGCACCGGCUCUUCCUGCAGAGGAACCCGCACUUCAGGGGCGGGGUGUCCAUCGCGGGGCACAGCCUGGGGUCACUCAUUCUGUUUGAUCUCCUGACGAACCAGAAGGCUGAUCCCGAGGAGGACGAGCGCUGUGCACAGGGGUCCAGGACAACCUCAGGCACCGGGGGGAUUGAGGAAGUAAAAGAAAUCCUGAAGAAGCUGGAGCUGUCCGAGUAUUGUGAUGUUUUUGAGAAGGAGAAAAUGGACAGGCAGGCAGUGUUCUUGUGCACAGAGAAAAACCUGAAAGAAAUGGGAAUUCCCUUAGGGCCAAGAAUGAAAAUACUCCAUUACAUCAGCUCCGAGACAGAGAUGAAGGACCGGAGCUCAGCAGCUCCUGGGCACGAUGAACGUGAGGCUGAGCCAGGGGACAGCUCCGAGGGUGUCAGGAGCUGCCAGUACCGGGACGUUGGCUUGGGACAGGUCUCGGCAAACUACCCCCAGCUGAACUACAAGCCCACCAUCUUCUUUGCCUUUGGCUCUCCCAUCGGGAUGUUCCUCACCGUGCGAGGAGUGAAGCGGAUCGACCCCAACUACAGCCUGCCCACCUGCAAAGGCUUCUUCAACAUCUUCCACCCCUUUGACCCGGUGGCGUAUCGGAUCGAGCCCAUGAUCGUCCCCGAGCUGGAGUUCGAGCCCAUGCUGCUGCCCCACCACAAGGGCAGGAAGAGGAUGCACCUGGAGCUGAAGGAAGGGCUGACUCGCAUGAGCGUGGACCUGAAGAACAACCUGCUGGGCUCCCUGCGGGUGGCCUGGCAGAGCUUCACCCGCGCCCCCGUGCCUGCCCUGGAGGCAGGGAGCUCCGAGGCCGAGGCAGACUCAGAGGCCAGCACUGAGAAGCAGCCAGACACAAAGCCAGAGGAGCCCCCGGCAGCAGUGAAGGAAGAGACGCCCCCCAUCAGCCCCAUCAACGUGGGGAGGCUGAACGGAGGGAACCGCAUCGACUACGUGCUGCAGGAGAAGCCAAUCGAGAGCUUCAACGAGUAUUUGUUUGCACUCCAGGGCCAUCUCUGCUACUGGGAGUCAGAGGACACUGUUCUGCUGGUUCUGAAGGAGAUCUACCAGACACAAGGCAUCACACUGGAUCAGCCUUUGCCGGGAAGCCAGUGACCCACCUGUGCUGUGCUGGCUGUCCAAUCCCACAGAGCACUCACCAGGAAAGUCCAGAUCUCUUCUCUGCCUUCCUCUCUCCUCUGCUGCCGUGUCCUGCAUGCUGCUUCCCAAGUACUUGCUGCUGCCUGGAGAUGAGGAUGGAUUUUCCUCCAUUUUGGGUAGGGGUAGGGGGAAAAACUGUCAAGGAAAACCACUUCUGCUGAAACCCACACAACCCUGUACAGUGACUCCCUGUGGCAACGUGUACUUUUAACCGAGUCCCCACACCAGCUCCUGCAGCAGACGAGCUGUCCGGGCCCUGAGCCCAGCCUGGCUCGGUGGGGACGCUCACAGCCCAGGACCUGGAGGAGAAAAAGCCUUAAACCCACGGCGUGGGAAGAGCUGCAGCAGCCUGCGGGCAAGGGAGAUUGCUGACUGCUAACACAAACCCCCACACCAGCACUGCAGGCCGGGAGGUGAAGUCCAGGGCACAUGGAGGCUGCUGCUGAGCAAGCAGGGGCUGCACAGCAGCACCCUCACCCCUGCACUGCUGCUGAGCCAGCAGGGGCUGCACAGCAGCAGCAUCACCCCUGCACUGCUGCUGCACCAGCAGGGGCUGCACAGCAGCACCCUCACCCCUGCACUGCUGCUGAACCAGCAGGGGCUGUGCAGCACCAUCACCCCUGCACCGCUGCUGCAUGUUUCUGCACCGCAGGGCUGUGCCAGGCAGGGCUGCCCCGUGCAGCUCCCCAUGAGAGUGGCAGGCUCGUGCAGGAAUGACACCAGCCCUGCCUAGAAGGUCUGUUCUGAGGGGCAGGGCUGGAGAGCCUCUGUGAUCCUUCCCUGGGCACCAGAACCCCUGGGCUGGGGUUUAGUGCUGUGUGAGGUGUUGCUUUGCAGCCUUUGGAAGAGCAAAACCACUUUCCCUCCUGCUGACUUUUGCCCUCUGCAUGGGGUAAGGAGCCUUUUUUCCCCACAGCCUGUUGGUUUGUUUUUCCUCCAUUGUCUGUUAUUUGCACUACUGGAAGGGUUUUGUUUGCAGCCUCCAUCCCUCCUCCCCUCCCAAGGAACAGAAACUGUUCUGUACCUGACUGCAGGAACAGCCAAGCGCUUGGUCAGCACCUGACUGCUGGCCGAGGUCUCAUGGGAGUAGGAAAAGGGACACUCUUAACAUGGGACACUAAUGAUCAGCUUUUAAGUUAUGCACUUUGUUAAAAAAAAAAAAAACAUUUUAAAUGUUAUUUAAUGUCUUUUCCAGUAAAAGCCAAAAUAAAUACGUAGAUG